UAAAACCAAAGAUGGAAAAAAACAUAUGACUUACUCAUUCUCUAUUGAUAAACAAAUUUUAAGAGAUAGAAAUUGUAACCUUUAUGUAAAUAGUUUUUUAGAAUUCUACAAAAUUUCAAACAAUGGCGACGAAAGGUGGAGAACCAGAAGAAAAAAAAAGAUAUCAAAUUCCUACGUUUGUUUACAAUCCCUAUCAUAUAAACCUAUGGGCGGGAGAUUAUUUAAAUAAAAGACAAAAAUAUUUUCCAGCAAUCAAGCAAUACAAUGCAGCCGAAGGUAAUGCAAAUGUGGAUCGUGAAAUGGUUCCAAUGUAUGAAGAAAGAAGUAUUGCUUACCUUCACACCUGGAACCUCAAAGCUACAGAAAGAGACAUUCGGGAAGGAUUGCAACUUUGUCCGAAUAAUACCAAGAUAAUGCUCACCCUCGGCGAUUUAUAUUAUCAGAAGAACCAAUUUGAAGACGCACUAGGAGCUUAUUACAGAGGCCAUUUAAAAAAACCUAGAUCUCCAAAAUUUAUUCAUGGGAUUUGGGCGAUAUCAAUUUUUAAUUCCAAGUAUAAGUCUUGGGCAGUCUACAGGUACGACUCUGAAUUCCCUCGGAUCCAAAGUGGGCAAUAUUAUGAGUAAAAAAAGGCUUGGCGAUGUCGUAGUGCAAAUGAAGUUAAAAGAACUUGGACAUGUACCGGAAGGUGGCCAUAAUGAAAUAGCUAGAAGGAGAAAAGUCAAAAAACUUAAAAGAAUAAAGGAUGCAUAUAAUCAAAUUUAUUUAAAAAGAGCGGCAAAGGAUCAUGAUCUUUUAAAAUCUUGUCUUGAUGAUGGUUCGUUAUUUCUUGGUAAUAAAAAACAAAACCAGCUCCUUCGAAAAAUUCUGGAAGAUGCAUUGGACAAAUUACUUGCUGCUAAGACUGCUCUAUGGAGAAGAGAACCGUUGUAUACCCGAGAACAAGAUGUAUUGUCUAAAAGAUUAAAGCUUCAUAUUGCCAAUAAACAAGAUAGUAAAAAAGCAGAUCUGGAAAUAGUCGUCAAUCUCAGAAUAGCCUCUCUAGACCAUGCUUUCCAUGAGGAUAACCAUCCGGAAUGUUUCAAAACAGGAGAUGAAUUAAGAAGCUUUUUAUUUUUACAAAGCGAAAGAGAUUUACCGUCCAAAAAUGAUGCUAUGGUAACAGUUAUCAGCAUACUCGGUGACCUAUUUCUAAAACAUAAAUCUCUUUUGCCAACAACUGGUAAUGAAAAUGAUGAAAGAUUGAUGGUCCUUUUCGGAUUUCAAAAACCACAAUCAUUAACUCACGAACUUUUUUGUGAAAAAGGUUUUCAUCCUAAAAUACCCAAGCUAAGACAGUUUCUUGAAGCAAAGUUGGCUGACUUGAAACAUACUACUCAACCGUUGGAGAAAGCAUACUUAUGUCACGAAAUAGGCGUGGCCUACUGCUUUAAAGGGGUUCCUUUCGUGACAAAAAUAUAUGCAAGGGAGGCAAUAUUUGCAUCGAAAGCCGCUAAAGAUCGGAAGUGGCUUCUUAAUUCUAUGUUCUUGCUCGCCAGAUCUGAAAUUCAACAAGGGAAUAUGAAUCAAGGAAGGGUCAGCCUUAACGGUUUAAUGGCAGCUGCUGAAAAGUUUAACUACCCAAACUUAAAAUAUUUAGCCAUCCGAGCGUAUGAAUUAACUACACUAAAAGGUUAUUCACCAGCAUCAAAUACAUAUGGGGACUUUGAAAAGAAAAUUAUAAGUGCUAUGUGUACACAUGAAUAUACUAUCGCUGCAAUGAAAUAUCUUCAAAAAGCUCAAUCCAGUCCAGCUGAUAAACGUUUCCCUUCAAGCAGAGAAGGUGAUCAAAGUAAUACAGAAAGAAGAAUACCACUUGAAGAAGAUCAGAGCUACUAUCAAGCUUUGUUUGAAUCUAAGAGAAGAGCUACUCUCUCUGUCAUCGAAGAUCAAUUUUAAAAAAGUUAAAAUAAAGCCUUGAGUUGAAGUUGUUGUGAUUUUUACAUUGAUUAAAGAGGACGAUAUGGCCGACAACGUUGGUACAUGGGUUCCAGAGUGCCCGAUUCUGAAAUUGUGGUCUGAAUUUUAUUAAUUUUUCUACUGUAUAUAUAUAUUUUUUUUUUUUCUCGGUUGGCACUACAGACCAUGAAGAUCUUUGGCCGCGAGAUGUGGUCUCCUUACA